GCCGGACCGCCUGUGGAUGGUUAGAUAGCCCCCGCCGCCAGCCCCCCGUCCUCCCCGUAUCCAGCACGGACCCGACGGCGGCGGCGGCUGCAGCGAGAGGAGGAGGAGGCGGAAGAUGGCGGGACGGCUGCCGGCCUGUGUGGUGGACUGUGGCACCGGGUAUACAAAACUUGGAUAUGCUGGAAAUACAGAACCACAGUUUAUCAUCCCUUCAUGUAUUGCUAUCAAGGAGUCUGCAAAAGUAGGAGAUCAAGCACAAAGGAGGGCGAUGAAGGGUGUUGAUGAUCUAGACUUCUUUAUUGGGGAUGAAGCAAUAGAAAAGCCAACUUAUGCAACAAAGUGGCCAAUCCGUCAUGGUAUAGUUGAAGAUUGGGACUUGAUGGAAAGAUUUAUGGAACAAGUGAUCUUUAAAUACCUAAGAGCAGAACCUGAAGAUCAUUAUUUUCUUUUGACUGAACCUCCUCUAAAUACACCAGAAAACAGGGAAUAUACAGCUGAAAUUAUGUUUGAAUCUUUCAAUGUUCCAGGCCUAUACAUAGCUGUACAGGCUGUCCUUGCUUUAGCUGCGUCUUGGACAUCAAGACAGGUAGGAGAGCGGACGUUGACUGGUACAGUUAUAGACAGUGGAGAUGGUGUCACUCACGUCAUUCCUGUGGCUGAAGGGUAUGUGAUUGGCAGCUGUAUCAAGCACAUUCCAAUUGCUGGGAGAGAUAUAACAUAUUUUAUUCAGCAGUUAUUGAGAGAACGAGAAGUAGGAAUUCCUCCUGAACAAUCCCUGGAAACAGCUAAGGCAGUAAAGGAACGUUACAGUUAUGUCUGCCCAGAUUUAGUCAAAGAAUUUAACAAGUAUGAUACAGAUGGGUCAAAGUGGAUUAAACAGUAUACUGGAAUCAAUGCAAUCUCAAAAAAAGAAUUUUCCAUUGACGUUGGUUAUGAACGGUUCCUGGGUCCAGAAAUCUUCUUUCACCCAGAGUUUGCUAAUCCAGAUUUCACACAACCUAUCUCAGAAGUAGUAGAUGAAGUAAUUCAGAAUUGUCCCAUUGAUGUCAGACGUCCUCCCUACAAGAAUAUUGUCCUCUCUGGAGGUUCAACUAUGUUCAGGGAUUUUGGACGUCGACUACAACGGGAUUUGAAAAGAACUGUUGAUGCAAGGUUGAAGCUAAGUGAAGAAUUAAGUGGUGGUAGACUGAAGCCCAAGCCUAUUGAUGUGCAAGUCAUUACACACCACAUGCAGCGAUAUGCGGUAUGGUUUGGGGGAUCAAUGCUGGCUUCCACACCUGAGUUCUACCAAGUAUGCCACACCAAAAAGGAUUAUGAAGAAAUUGGACCUAGUAUUUGCCGCCACAACCCAGUGUUUGGAGUCAUGUCUUAAAAUUGACUUCAUAGUUAUAACAGUUAGGGAAGUGGGGAAGAGCUCAUCUUUCUGAUUACCUGUUUUGUCUGGAUGGCUGAUAUUAAGACAGCAAACUGACUUGACAAGAAAAAGACCAAACAUAGUUCAACAGGAAUAUUUUAAUAAAUGUAUCAACAUACGAAUGUAGAAGAAA